UCUGGGAUUUUGGACAUUUUACUAAUUUAGACGAUGAUCGCAUCAAUACUUUUUCAAACCUGUUUUGUACAGGACAUUACAUUUAGCAUAUUAGCGUCAAUUGAGCAUCAAAUGUUCACUGCACUUAAGUUUAUGGAAAGGGAUUGUUAAAGAUAAGCCCCAAAGUAAACAAGACUGUAUAACACUGACAAUGUGCAAUUGAGCUGUGCUGCUGUUUGCUUAGUAAGCCAGCGCACCAAUGUCAUAAAUACAGCUAAGCUUGGAAAAGGUACCAUUAGGCAGAGUCUUUAGAUUCUCCGUAGUUUAAUAAGACUUCAAUUUACCGUACGAGAUGUAACAGUGCAGAGGUCAAUAGUUCAGUGAUCAGCCAAACUUUAUAUUGAUCCAGGAAAGCCAAAACAAUGCAUGGAUACACAAAUAAACUUCAAGUAUGACUAUGAUCAUAAUGUCUGAAUUAUUCUUUAGUUUUUAGAUGCUAAAUAUCUGAUUAACUCCCUCAUAAGGCUUUGAAAAACUUCACAUUAUUUAUAGUAAAUGUACUUUUAUUCAUACAGUAUGAUCAUCAGCUGAGGUUUUUCAGUAUUAACUGAUUUUUAUAUGGCCCACAAUGAUGGAUAGUUUUGACUUAAAGUGUUUCACGUGUAUCACGAUGUGGAAAAUGUUUAAACAUUUGAGUCGGACCACGUGAUUGAAUCUAUUCUACCGAUGUAUGCCUAACUGAAUCCUUUACGUCAAUAACUGGCUCAAGUCCCAAGGGCUUUUAUUGUGGAAAACAGCUUUUACUCUGAAAAACCAUGCCGGAAGUUGAUAUUGUUUACUUAAACGCUGCUUCCGGGUAAAAUUCCGAAAUUAGCGCCUGCCUUAAUGUAAAAUUCAGUCAUUUGUUGGCACUUUUUUCUGAAACACAAUGCCAGAGACGCGCUUUCUGCAACGACAACACAAGGCCAAGUUAUGAAAAAUUAUAUCCCGGUCAGGUUUGCUAACUGGAAGCAGAACGCCGUUAGAGACGGCUAACAGUUGGCUAGCUCACUAGCACAGGUUACGCAGCGUGAUUCAUUUCAACAGGUGUUAGCUACAGUGAGUGGAGGUGUGUCACCAAAUGCCCCUCACCGGUAACUGCCUUCAAGAGAGAGUUCAAAAUAUCCUGCUUUUUUGCGAUUACUUGGCUGUGUAACAAUUAGCCAGCUGUUCACGUCAGAUGUAUUCGUGAGCUCAAGUUUGUCAUGCUCCUCGGCCGCGUCCCGUCGAGCCUCAGGUGGACGUGUUCACGAAGUGUUAAUUUACAGAGGAUUUCUGCGGUCAGUGAAGUGUCAGUUCGGAGGCUGCUUCACGUACACACCGGUCACUGUGGAAAAGUCAUUGCUUUGAAACCACCUGCACUCCGGUUAAACCACAAGGCCCUACCUCAGAGCUGUCUGUAUCAGCUCACAGUGUUGGAUAUGCAGCCAGUCAGUGUCCCCUGUGGCAAAGAGACCACUGCGGUUGCCUCAGAUGGUGGUGGUGCUGAUGAGGGUGGUGGGGAUGGACAGCAGAGUGGGAUCAUAGAAGAUGAUGCCUCGGGCCAGGUGGAAGCAGUCACCGAGCGAGUCCAGCAAGGGGCGGCUGGCACUGGAGCCUCCACUGUGUCUAAACCAAAUGAGAAGAAGGCAAAGAGGAAGAUGAAGAGGGACAGGAGGAAAUUGAUAAAGAAAAAGCUCAAGUCAGACCACAGUUUGGACAAUUUAAUGUCCGAGCUCCCAUUUGCUCUGACCAGUCCCUCCACAUGGAAGCAGCUAGGAUUCCCCAACCCAGAGUCAACGCAGGAGAAGAGGAAGAGGAAGAGAGGAGACAGUGGAGGGCGAGUGGACAGUGAGGAGGACGGAGACAAGAAGAAAAAGAAGAAAGAGAAUCAACGGCCCAACUACUUUGUCUCCAUCCCUAUAACUAACACACAGAUAAGCUCAGCUGUGACUGAGGUGCAAGAGGCAGUGCUUCAGCAGGAGCCCCAAUUGGCCAAAGCCAUGAUUCCCGUCCCAACGCUCCACAUCACGCUGUUAGUCACCCAUCUCGCCAAUCAGGAGCAAGUAGACCUAGCAGCAAGCGCGCUGGCCCAGGUCAAGCCGUCAUUGGCUGAGCUGCUGGUUGGGCGGGAUCUGGUGCUGCCCUUCUCAGGCAUCGGUCAUUUCAGGAAGGAGGUGGUGUUUGUUGGGCUGGCCCGCGGACAACACAGACACACACUGGAUAGCCUGGCAGGGUUGUUGCGGAGCCGUUUUGAGGAGCAGGGUCUCGUGCAAGGAGACAGUCGUGGGUUUGAACCCCACCUCACCAUUAUGAAGCUGUCCAGAGCAUCAAAACUACGAUCCCAGGGUGUAAAGCGAGUGGACCCAGCCCUUUACUCCAACUAUACUAACAAGUUUUUUGGAGACCAGACGGUGGAGCGGGUGGAUCUCUGCUCCAUGUUAAAAAAGAAGCAACCAGAUGGAUAUUACCACACCGAGACGUCACUACAACUUGAUUUGCAGAGUCCACUCUGUGCCAAACGCUCAAGUGGGCGUCGCCGGUCCGAACCUGACGAGGCUGAGCUCCUGAGGGUCAGCAGGAGAUUGGUCGAGGAUGCCGUCAAUCGCGCCUUGCAGCAAUACAAACAGGAAACACUUCAAAAUGGGGGCGGGCCUAAUGCCACGGCCGCGCAGCUCCCCGGAAACACUGAGGAUACCACUACAAAGAAGGACACUACAGCUAACUCCACCACAGACAACAGGAAGUAACGUCAUCGGACCGAGGUCGACACACCGAGAAACCAGCCGCCCAUAGGACUUUAACCGGGGCCUGGCCAUCCAGGAGAAGAGUCGGCGAGGUCUGGGCAGAAAGCCUGAACCAGCCAAACCCAGUCAGCCAAGUUUUGCUGAGCAACUAAACCAGCUAGACAACCACAAUGGCUAGACAGCCAUGCUAACUACCUGCCCACCUGACCUGGCUUGACACAGUGCUAGUUGACCAGAUAAUGUAGCUUAAGAUCAGCGCGACUAGUCGGCCGUCCCAACAGGCCAGCUGGCUACAGCCUGAUAGUUAACUCACUAUCUCUUGUGUCCUAUGUUUAUCUGUGUUCAGACCAAACGCGGAUUGGAUUUUUCCCACAACGUGAUUCCAUGCAUUGGCAACCAAAGACCGCGAAUAGCUGCAAAGUCGCCCCCCUUGUGACACAAAAAGACACCAAUACGAGUGUGUGCAGGUCGGAAAAGUUUCCGUUUGAUUGAAAGAUUUGAGUUAAGAUAAGUUCCCAUUAUAUUUUCCUGACGUCACAGAGAAUCAGAAAUACAGGGCAGACUAUAUAGAGACAGUCCAAAUUCAAAAUAAUGUGUCUGCAAUUUGAUUCCAGCUAUCGUUUGUGCUUCCCUUCGCACCAAGUUAGCAGUAGCAUUAGCUGCACUCCCCAGUGUGUUAGUCAGUUACUCCAAAAACAGUCCUGCGGUAAUUGCGCAAAUAAGACGAUUUCACGUUUUGUCUGAACACACCACAACAGUGAGGACAGUGCCCCCCCCCCCCCCCCUCCUCACUCAUCUGUGGGUCUGCGUUCGCACAUCUCCUCCCGAGAGACACGUGCACAUGGAGGGUUCACUGUGACCUCUCACUCACACUCCACUGCCCUUUCAGAAGAUGAAUCAUGUUUUGUAGACAGCUUGGAUUAUCAUCACCUGCACUUAAGACAAUGACUCAGUAUCAUCCUCCUCUGACUGAAACCCUCCUUUCUCCUCCACUAAAUCGCUUCAGGUGAAGAAGUUUUUUUCUUUUCUCUGAGCUUAACUUCUUUGCGUCUGGUGCGACACAUGGUAUGUUGGACUGCGCAAUUUCUUUCGUUGUAUUUUUGCAGCGAGUUUGGGUUCAAAGCACUUUUCUAUUUAUCCACUUUCACGAAUGGAUCUCCUUUAAACUUCCAGCAUCUUAGUUUUAUGUUUCUCAUAAGAGGUCUGUCUGCGAACCAAACUGCAGUUUUGUCUUCUUCACUCUAAGUUGUUUAUAGAAAGCGGCCCCAGCUGUGCUCUAAGUAGUACAAACUGCUGUAGUCGAGCCGAGGCUGCACUGAGACAAUCAUUUAGUCGAGUUUAAUUCCGCUCUAAAAUUGAAUGCCUUUUUUCAAAAGUGGUACCAACUUUUCACAACCCAAUCUGGACGCCUCUCUCGGGUCUGCACAUAUAGAACAAACCUCAACCACAAUAAUUCAUCUCUCCUAAAGAUGCUAGUAUUUCACAUGACAGGUGAAUUGGAGACAAUAAAUUGGGGAUGUUCAAAAAUGAUAUACCACUACGACGACGACACACUACAAACUGCCAAGAACGCAUUUUUACUCAUUACAUUAAUGACCCCGGGUGCUUGUCUCGAUGAAAGCUAUUCAUGUUUAUGUGAUGAUGUUAUUAUUAUUAGAUGCAGGCAUUCAUUUCAUAGCCCCGCUUCCUCUCUGUAGAUCAUUUCUCAAUGUUAAUUAUUUUUUGUUCAAAUACUAUAUUGUUAGUUUUUGUUUUUGUUUUCCUCUGUGACAUGAACCUGAAGCGAACGUACAGAGGAUUUAUUGUCGGUUUUAAAAUCCACUUGAGUAAAUUGUUUGGGUUGAAGUCUGCACCACAGCCGGAGGUCUGAGAGUUUACUGCGAUUAUUUGUGCGGUUGUAAGGAGCUUUUUUUCCUCAGUUACAGCCAAACGUUUUUUCAGAUGGUAAUGCUCAUGUCGGCGGAGGUUAACUCAGACAAUCGCUGCUGCCAGCUGAAACCCUCAGGCACUUCCUUUCAGUGUCUUCCAUCCAUAGAGAUGCCUUUCGUGUGCUGAGGUCGACCACACAGCUCACGAAAUCCAUUCAGAAACACUUGGCGCCAAUGUGGCUUUAAGGGAGAUAGUCUAAAUAAAUAUAUAAAUUUAAAAGAAAUUCCUGAGGGAUGAGGUUUUUCAACUGACAGCAAGAUGAUGAUACGAUGAUGUUGAUAAAAGGUGGUUCACCCUGUCAUUAAAUGUUCUCUUAUCCUUUAUAACUAUAUUAUUUAUUUGCUUUGCUGCUGCAGCAGAAUAACUAGCUUCUCUGUGAGACGAAUGGAUUUGAAGUGAACAAAUGAAAAGAUAUUUUAUUUUUGAACUUGGGGGAAAAGAGCACUUUUCGUUUGAAGGUUUGAAAAAAGAAAGCACAAAGUUUUGAUUUAGAUUUUUUUAAUAUGUCUCAUUUUCACAGAGCAGGUUAAAUAAAUAGAUGCUUACCAAAUUAACCCACCUCUGUUCAAAGUGGCCUUUCGUCACUGUAACGAAUUGACGUGAAUUUUGUUUAACUGUCAGUGCUCACGGUGAUAAGGUUUACAGGUUACAUUGUAGCCAACAUGAAUGACUGGGUGAUGACAAUGUUAACCUGUUGCUAAACAAAAAAAAGCAUCCACCAAAAGACGGAAUUCAUGUUAUUUCUAUUGUAAAGGUAAAUCUGUGUCUCUGCACACGGAUACCUGGAAACAGACUCCGGCUCAGAUUCUCAGCCAUGUGAUGUUUGUUUCCCUCCCACAGGUGUGAGCCGCAGAAUGUGCUCUCAUCCCUGUGAGAUCCACACAAAUCCCGUCGCUGCGGGCUCAUUGAAACGUCAAUAACAAGGCUGAAUUCUGUCUUGAGGUGGUCUUUUGAUCGUUUUUCCUUUUGAUCUUAUUACUGUCACCGGAUCCUUAAUCUCCUUAAAAUCCCCUUUAAUACACAACUUGUCCUUUUGGUCUGUAUGGUUUUUUUUCUCUCUUCAUCUUUCUCUGGGCACGAGUGUGUGCGUGUGUGUGUGUGAGUGUGUGUGCGUGUUCACAAAAUGACUGUCGGUUGUUUGAUCAGUGGUUCCCCAGAGAAUUCCUUGUCACUAUCAGUCACGACAACUCGGCGCCGAGUGUGUGAACGCCUCGACAAAUUAGUCUUGUCUGUUUGUCUUUCACCUCGUCCGUCCGUGUGUGCGUGUGUGUGUCUGAGUGCGAGGGUGUGUUGUUUGUACCCUGUGUUUUAUCAUGUUCUGCCAUAUUUGAACAAUAAAGCAGGAUAUGAGAUUCAACACCAA